CAGCCGCGUGGGGCAGCUGGCCUCUGCCAGGCCGGGAGGGGUGGGAGAGCGGCCGCUGCUAGCGCGGAUAACCCGGAGGUGACCCAGGCCAGCCUGCUCUGCCCCUCCCCCUCAGGCAGACCGGACAGCAGCCAGCCCGCAGCCGAGCUGCAGGGGGUAGAGGGAGGUGCUUGCUCCAGACUGGAGCAGGUCCGUGCGCUCCGGCCCGCCGGGGGCGUCUCCUUCUUGAGGUCCCUCGCGCGCCUCCCGCUUGGUGGGAGCUCUCAGAGUGCCUCUUUAGCGAGAGCCAAUAUCCUUUUGUGCUAAUAGGUUUGUCCUCAUUUGCUGCCUAAUUGGACUAUAUAAAGCCAAUAACAGGCGGGCUCUCAUAGCCCGAAGCCAAAGCGCCAAAAUCCGAGGGAAGGCGAGGAGGGGGCGGUAGAGGAGGCGGCUGCGGGGCCUGGGCUCGGCUGCGCCUUGGCCGGCCUAAUCCCAUUUGCCAUUGUACGCGCCCAAUCGCCGUAUACUCCCCGCAUUUAACUUGGAUGACAUUUUGAUUUCAUCAUUAGCAUCCGGCGCCGGAUUGACGCAUCCCCAAGCCGGGGACCGCUCUCGCAGCCUCCUCCCGGGGAGCCGCAGCUCCUACCGGCCCCCUCGCUCCCUCGGCGCAGAGGCAGCCUGCUCGCCCCGCCGCCCGCCGCCCGCCUGUCCCGCUCCCGCCCUCCGUGGGACCCGGAGGACUGGGGACCAUGCCGGAGCCCGGGCCGGACGCCUCGGGCACUGCCAGCGCGCCGCCCCCGCAGCCACCGCCCCAACCUCCCGCGCCCAAGGAAUCCCCGUUCUCCAUCAGGAACCUGCUCAACGGAGACCAUCACCGGCCGCCCCCGAAGCCUCAGCCGCCCCCACGAACGCUCUUUGCUCCGGCCUCGGCUGCUGCCGCCGCCGCCGCCGCUGCGGCCGCCGCAGCCAAAGGUGCCCUGGAGGGCGCCGCGGGCUUCGCGCUCUCGCAGGUGGGCGACCUGGCUUUCCCCCGCUUUGAGAUCCCAGCGCAGAGGUUUGCCCUGCCCGCGCACUACCUGGAGCGCUCCCCGGCCUGGUGGUACCCCUACACCCUGACCCCCGCCGGCGGUCACCUCCCGCGACCAGAAGCCUCGGAAAAGGCCCUCCUGCGAGACUCCUCCCCUGCGUCCGGCACCGAUCGAGACUCCCCGGAGCCUCUGCUCAAGGCUGACCCCGACCACAAGGAGCUGGACUCCAAGAGCCCGGACGAGAUCAUUCUGGAAGAGAGCGACUCGGAGGAAGGCAAAAAAGAAGGCGAGGCGGUGCCUGGCGCGGCCGGGACGACCGUAGGGGCGACUACGGCGACACCGGGCUCAGAGGACUGGAAGGCGGGCGCCGAGAGUCCCGAGAAGAAGCCGGCGUGCCGCAAAAAGAAGACGCGCACCGUCUUCUCGCGCAGCCAGGUCUUCCAGCUCGAGUCCACAUUCGACAUGAAACGCUACCUGAGCAGCUCGGAGCGCGCUGGCCUGGCCGCGUCGCUUCACCUCACCGAGACGCAGGUCAAGAUCUGGUUCCAGAAUCGCCGCAACAAGUGGAAGCGACAGCUGGCGGCCGAGCUGGAGGCGGCCAACCUGAGCCACGCCGCUGCGCAGCGCAUCGUACGCGUGCCCAUCCUCUACCACGAGAACUCUGCGGCCGAGGGGGCGGCAGCGGCUGCGGGGGCACCGGUGCCAGUCAGCCAGCCGCUGCUCACCUUCCCGCACCCAGUCUACUACUCGCACCCGGUGGUCUCGUCCGUGCCCCUACUAAGGCCGGUGUGAGAUGGGACAGGGGACAGGGAGUGAGCACCCGGCCACCUUUUGGGGACCCCGGAGGAGACUGGGCCGGGCCGAGGGUGCCGGGCUGUGGCCAGCGACCUUGGGCUCACUGCCUUGCCUCCCACCCCCCAAUAGCAUUUUGUAAGUAUUUGCAAUGCAUUUUCGUGCAAUUAAUUCCUAUGAAUUUGAGGCGCUUCUCCUCUUAUUUUUGGUUUUGCUUACCAUUGAGAGAAAACGGGGUGGGGCAGGGGGGAACGACAAAAUUACCAGGUCAAAACUUCCAAUUGAAAGUUCUUUAAAAAAAAAAAAAGUUCAGAUCUCCCCUUAAAUUACCAUUGCUCUGUGGCUCUGAGGGUGUAUUUUUACAGAAGGAAAAUAAGCGAAAAAUUCAACUUUUUUUUUUAGUUUAUUCAUUUUUCUGAGGAACUAUUUUCAAAAUCCCGAGAGAGAGAGAGAGAGAGAGAGAGAGAGAGAGAGAGAGAGAGAGGGAGAAUUCAUAUCGAAUUCAUAUUAAUUCUGGAUUUCUGGGUGUGGUUCUUUCCCCACACCCAAUCAGUUAUCCACCACCCACCUUCCAAAAUCUGAGCGGCCUCUGGUAAGAUCCUCACUUGGUCUGUCUGUGGCAGUCAACUCCAUUUAUCUCCGUUUGGACUGAAGAAUUCACUAAACAAAAUGUUUAAAGGGAAAACACAAAAGCCUCAAAUCCAGACCUGUAACAGCUUCAUAUCUGGCUGAGUGGCAGUGGUCUUACUUAUUCCUCGAAUUUAUUUAGUGGUAAUAUCACUAUUACUACUUUGCCUGCUUCAGAAGUUGGUUUCCUCUCUCACGCUCUCUCUCUCUCUCUCUCUCUCUCUCACUUUCUUUUUUGUAGAAAAAAAUACAUUUUAUCCUCUCCCGGUUUUUUGUUUUUUUGUUUUUACUUUACAACAACCGUUGUGCUUUGGCCUGUGCAAUAUUGUACAAAAUUUCCCUCAAGCCCCGCCCCUUCCUCUGCUGGGAUAAAGACCACCACACGGCAGCAUAAUCAUUAAUGUAGAGGGAAGAUUAAGCAGGAGAGGGGGAAGGAAGAAAGCAAGGUAGGUAGCGAGGAGUGAGCUAGGCAGAGUGGAGCGCUUUAAGUGAAGGACAAUCAACGUAGGAGAAUCUUAACUUAUUUGAUAACUGUACAGUUUUCUUGUAAAACCUCCCAACUCAACCGGGCACCUUGCUCUGGUUCCCUGUUGGCUACACCUGUUGUUCUGUUGUUUUCAUUCGUCUGUUUCCCCCCUCCCUCCCUCCCUGUCCUCUGCCGGAGUUCAGUCCCUUUAUAAGAAAACAAAACAAAACUCCACAAAAUAUUGUUACACUUAAUGUUAUUGUGGAAUCGAAUUAAUUAAAAAGAAAAAAAUAAGCCUU